AUGCAUUGCGUUGGCAUCUCGUGCCUUGGCCUUGGCAUGUCUUGCGAGAGUGAGGCUAUUGGAAGCUUGACAUGCCUUGCCUUGGCAUGUCGUGCCUCGGCAUGUCUUGCCUUGGCUUGCGAGAGUGAGGCUAUUGGAAGCUUGAGUGAGGCUAUUGGCAUGCCAUGCCUUGGCUUUCGAGAGUGA